UUGGACGGGUGAGGACCAAGGGGAUUCAGAGUAUAUAUAUUUUGGAUAUUCAUUCGCGUUUGUUGAAAAUUUCUUGUUUAGAUCUCUGAUUUUAUUUUAUUUUUUAUCAUCCAUUUGAUUUAUUGAUUGAUUGAUUAUCGAAUCACUUUCGCUUGGCUUUGCGAAGUUAUACAGACUAGGCACGCGCAUAUACUGCAUCGUUUCAUUCUCGUAUAGUAUCUACAUACGUGGUAGUACUUACUCGUACAUCUAUUUUAUUUGCAAGUUCUUUGCAUUUAUUCAAAUUCCCACAAUACUAUACCAUACGCUACACAAAUCCAAUCUCAAUCUCAACCUCGAAAUGCAUUUCUCAACUGCAAAAGCUCUUCUUCCUCUCUCAGUCCUAGUUUCCUAUACCGCCGCUCAAACAACAGCUGCGACAACACCUGUUGCCCCUACAGGCGGCUCUUCUAGUGCUUGUCUUGGACAAAAUGUUCUAGAUGCUUGUUUAAGUUCUACGACGGCCAUUGCUCAGGCCUGUCAAUCUACUGAUUAUUCUUGUUUGUGCACGAGUUGGAAUGCAGUUUUGACGUGUGUCUCUUAUUCCUUACUCUCCUUUCUCCAUCAAAUCCCCUUUCACUAUACUAAUCCUCUUCCCCAUUCCCAGAUGCUACAACCAAUGUCCCAACGACGCAGGCUACGCGGGCGCUCUAUCUAAUAAACAAACUUACUGUAAUAAUGCCUCGAUCUAUACAUCUACCUCCUCAUUAGCUAUCUCGAAAGAUUGGCCUACGUCCGCUACUGCUACUGCGGCGGGUGGAUCCGGACCUACAGGUGUAGGUGCGAAUGCGGGUGCAGGUGCGACGGGUACGACGACGAGAGCGAGUACUAUGAACGGAAGUGGGAGUAAGACGUCCACGGCUAGUGCGUCAGGGGCGGAGAGUAGUGAUAAGAGUAGUGGGGUUGGGGAGAGGGGGAUUAGUGGGUUGGUGGGUGUUCUUGGGGGUGUUGGGGCGGUGGUGAUGGGGUUUUUGUAAGUGGAAGUUGGGUGGGAAUAGGGGAUUGGAGUUGCGAAGGAAAGGGAAGGAAAUGCAGGGAGAGUUGAGGAUGCGAUGUUGAGUGUGAUUUAGUGAGGUGGGAAUUAAUGAGGAUGAGGGUGAGGGUUCUAUGAU